AUGCUGAAAAAAUACCAGCACACCCUAGCCUUGGUGUUUGCGGUGAAUGAAAUCAAUGGAAACAGCAUGAUAUUACCCAAUCGGACUGUGGGAUUUCAUAUCUAUGAUAGCCACUUUGAUGCCCAGUUAACUUAUCAGAACACGCUAAACUUGCUCUUUAAUCAGAAACCAACUAUUCUCAACUACAAGUGCAGCAAGAAGAUACCAGCAGCUGUCAUUGGGGGUACUGACUCAGAAACUUCCCUCCACAUAGCUACUAUCUUAGGGAUCUACAAGAUUCCUCAGCUUUAUCAUUUCCUAAGUCAAGUCUCGUUUAACAACAGUGCCGGAGACAAGGUGUCUUUUGACAAGAAGGGUGAAUUGCUAGAUGGAUUUGACAUUAUCAACUGGGUAACUUUCCCUAACGAAUCCUUCAUGAAAGUAAAAGUGGGACAAAUGGAUCCUCAAGCACCAUCAGGCAGAAGGUUCUCCAUCGAUGAAAAAAAAAUCACAUGGCCAGCCCAUUUUAACCAGACUAUACCUCUUGCUCUCUGCAAUGAUCAUUGCCCACCAGGUUCCAGAAAGAAAAGAAAGGAAGGGGAGCCUUUUUGUUGCUAUGAUUGUAAUCUUUGUCCAUCAAGAAAAUUUUCAAAUGAAAGAGAUAUGGAUGAAUGCUUAGAUUGUCCAGAAGAAAAAUAUCCAAACAAAGAAAGAUAUAUGUGCAUUCCCAAGGAUCUAAAUUUCUUGUCUUAUAAUGAAACUUUGGGCAUCACUUUGACUGUUCUGGCUCUAUCAUUUGCUGUGACCACAGUGGUGGUACUUGGAAUUUUCAUAAAACAUCGAAAUACUCCCAUUGUCAAAGCUAACAAUCAGAAUCUCACUUAUCUUCUCCUUGUCUCCCUCUUCCUCUGCUUCCUCUGUUCCUUGCUGUUCAUUGGUCAGCCUCAAUUGCUGACCUGUCUUUUUCGUCAAAUUGCUUUUGGGAUCAUCUUCUCAGUUGCUGUCUCUUCAGUUUUGGCCAAAACGGUCACAGUGGUUCUAGCUUUUAUGGCUACUAAGCCAGGAUCAAAAUUGAGAAAAUGGGUGGGGAACAGAUGUUCAUACUCUCUGAUUCUCUGUUGUUCCUGCAUUCAAGCAAGUAUUUGCAUGUUGUGGCUGUGCACUGGCCCUCCUUUCCCAAAUUUGGACAUGCAUUCUCUUCCAGAAGAGAUUGUAGUGGAAUGCAAUGAAGGAUCAGGCAACAUGUUCUAUUAUAUUUUAGGAUAUAUGGGAUUUCUUGCUCUCAUCAGCUACAUUGUGGCUUUCUUUGCUCGAAAACUGCCAGAUUCUUUUAAUGAAGCUAAAUUUAUUGCUUUCAGCAUGCUGGUGUUUUGUAGCGUAUGGGUGACUUUUGUCCCAACUUAUUUGAGCACCAAAGGAAAAUACAUGGUAGCUGUGGAGAUCUUCUCCAUCUUGGCUUCCAGUAUAGGAAUAUUGGGAUCUAUCUUUUUCCCUAAAUGCUACAUAAUUGUAGUAAGACCAGAACUCAACACAAAGGACCAUCUAAGAACAAAACGCUAA